AACUCAACUAGAUAAGGACACAAUCAUCAUGUGAUCUGAGACCUAAGGUAAGUAUUCAUCUUCUUUAUAUUGGGAAAACAAUUUGCGAGUUACUUCACAGUUAUUUUAUACAUUAUUCAUGAUUUCUGGUAAAAAAAAAAAAAAAAAAAGAGAUUGUUUCUUACAUACAGGAUCUUAAGUUUUCAUAAUUAUUCUAAAUAUCCACGUGACGGCCCAUUAAAUUUGAUAGUUUACCGAUACGUAUUCGAGAUAACCGAUGAGGGUACAAUAUUGAAUGUAAUAUGAACUUUAUAACUAUUAAUGGUUUAGAUAUUUUAAAAUUCUUUUGAGGGUGAACAGAUAUAUAGAAAUAACAUUUUGUAUUUUCGUUUUCAGAUACAUACUAAGUACGGUACAUGAUAUAUGUACAAUGUACAUAUCAAAGUCGCUUUUUAAAAAGCCUGGUAAAGAUCUAUAAAUAGGAAAUGAUUUACCUGAUGCACAGUGCAAUUUUCUACAUUAUGCUAAGCUCUCUCUCUCCGGCUUUCUCUGGGUUGGUGUCGCGUGUCUCUCUCUCUCUCUCAUAUAGAAUUUUACUUACGAUAAAAUCCGAUAUCUGUCAGUGCUGGCAGAAAUCCCAAUCUUAGAUCCGCGCCGUAGUCUUAUAUCCGCGCCGUAUACUAUACGCAUAGCGCGGAUCUAAGAAGGUUGAUUUUGAUUAGAUUGGCAGACAUUCUGACUAGCAGCUAGUUGACUUAAAUUGCUUUCAUAUCUGGAAAUGUUCUUCAAGUUUUAGAGCUACAGUUUCUGAAGCCUUUUUUCACAUUUACUAUUAAUACUUUUCUAAUCUAAUAAUAAAUUACUCUGAUAAUUGUGUCUUUUGUUUUCAGUUCUCUGGGAUAUAUUGAACCGAUAUAUCGUUGUUAGGCCUACUAUUUUUCUUCUUAUGUAGAAACUUUUCAAUAAAGUAUGCCUCAUAAAAUAUAAAAGAAGGUCGUCUAAUACAGGAACACAAUUCGUGCCCAUGGGAAUUCCAACAGACUGUAGAAAGACUUUAUCACCAAAAUACCACGAUUUUUUUUAUUCGAUCGGGAAAAGUUUUGUGAUUUCAGAUUUACUAAAAGUUCUUUAGACCCCCUUCCUCUUUUACCCUUUCUCCUGUCCCAUCAUCCCCCUCCCCCCCCCCCCCCCCCCCUCCGUUACUAGUUUGUCCGCACCACAUAGUGAUACUUCGUUUGAAAUAACGCAUUUUUUAAGAUUAAGGAACGUAAAAUUCAUUUGUGUUAAUCAAACGUUAUUCAAUGUCGUCGUUUUCACGUCAUCAGUUAUCUCAUUCUACCCUCAAGAACAAAUAAAUUGAUGCAUGAACCAAGAACUACGAACGAUAUUAUUGUUUCGCUGCCUAUCUUCUGGUAAAUUUUUAAAGGUUAUCAUUUUUAAAUGAUUUUUUUUGUGGUCAAUAUAGAUAUAUAUUUAUAUGAAUUUUCUUAAAACUUGACAAAACAACGAGAGGUAAUUUGGGUUAAAAUCUCGUAUUUCAUAUUAGAAAUCAAUAGAAAACGAAAAAUAUUCUAAAAACAUCUUUUCCUUCAGUGAAACACAAGUGGGAAUUUUUUUAAUGCAAGAUAUAAAUAGAUAACUAUUUAAUUUGUCAGAUUACUAAAUUUAUAUUAUUGAGUAAAAAAUGGUUAAUCUUCAGUUUACAUAGGUUAACCUCAUUUGCAAUUGAUGAUAGGGUGGAAAAAAUGUUGCCGUGUUUUGGUCUGUAAACAUACAUCUAUUUAAUCAAUAAGCAUUUUAAAAUACAUGAUAUUUCAAAGCCUGGUUUAAAGGAACAGAUUUUUCUACCCCCUAAUGAAAAGGUGUUUUAAUUAAGAGCAUUUAAUCAAUUAGCACUGGUAUUAAAGUUGAUAAUCAAUUACAACUGAAUUCUACUUUGGAUUAAAAAAAAAUUCAUUAGCAAAAUUUUAAAAUAUAUAUACGAGUUGAAAAUGUAGGCGGGAAUCCAGAGUUAACGUGUGUAUUUCUUUAAUACAUUCAUAAAAUCAGGCCAUUCUUAUUCAAACUUAUCUCAACAUAAUACUUAGUAGCUACCCGCCCUUGUCGAGGACAGACAAUGCAGCACCUUCGCUAGCCAAGGGUUUACGAUCUGCUCCGCUUCUCUACAAACGGAGCGAAAAUGACAGUGCAGUGGCAUGAACCAAAAAAAAAAAAAAAAAAAAGAAUGUCAUUGAUUUUUUCUCAUAUCCGUAGUAAAAUCGUGGUAAAGUGGGCCGUCAAUACAAAUAUUUACAAUCAUGUGAAGGUUUUUAAAACCAACGAACACACGAACGAACGGACAAUUUACUUCAAUAUCCCUCAGCUACUUUGAUGAGAGGGAAUAGCUAAUUAUACAUGUCCUUAUAUAUCUAUUGUAGUAAAUAAGUUUGAAUACAAAUGUGCUGAUGGCCGAUAACCAAUUGAGCGAUGUCGGAGGCCAUGAUCACAUGCACGCAAAAGGUUUGUCCAUUCCGUUUGCUGCAUUCUUUAUUGUCGGUGAAAUUGCCGGAUCAGGAGUGUUGGCCCUCCCUAAAGCUAUUGAUAACUCAGGUUGGAUCGGCCUCGUUUUGAUUGUGGCAUGCGCACUCCUAUCAUCAUAUACAGGGAGCAUCCUUGGACAGGCCUGGCUUAUUGUGCAGGAGAGGUACCCAGAGUAUAAGCUUCAUUGUCCGAAUCCUUACCCAGUGCUCGGAGAAAAAACGUUCGGAAAGACAGGAAGAUAUGUGGUCUCUUUUUCCAUCAAUUUCACCCUGUUUGGAGUAUCCACAGUUUUCCUGCUCUUAGCGUCGGAGAAUGUCCAUGACUUGAUAAAGGACUGGACAGAAACGGACGUGUCUUUCUGUAUCUGGCUAGUCAUUUUAGCGGCGGUCAUCUGUCCGCUUACGUGGUUUGGUACUCCGGCCGAUUUCUGGCCAGUUGCUGUGGGAGCAACAGUUGCUACAGCACUUGCGUGCGUUUUACUCAUCAUUAAUGUUGCGAUGGAUAAGGGCACAUACAACCCGGUUCUGCACUCACGGACAGAGUUUGAGCAAUUUUUUAUGGCCUUUGGGACGAUUGUGUUCGCUUUCGGAGGUCACCCCGCGUUUCCUACUUUCCAAACAGACAUGAGGAAACCCAGCGAUUUCAAAUGGGCAGUGCUAAUGGGAUAUAUAGUUGUGAUGCUGAUGUACCUGCCUAUAACCACCGUUUCAUACUUUAUUUACGGCAAGAAUGUCAAAGACAAUAUUCUCCUGAUGCCAAAUGGCGGCGUUAUCAAUCAAAUCGUGGAGGUGAUGAUCACGGUCCACUUAAUACUGGGAUUUCUUAUAGUCAUUAACCCGUUCUGUCAGGAGCUGGAGCACUACGCCCGGGUCCCAAAACAUUUUACCUGGAAGCGUUGUGUAUUUAGGUCAGUAGUCGUAGCCGCCAUUCUUUUCGUGGCGGAAUCAAUUCCAACAUUUGGCGCCAUUUUAUCCUUAGUAGGCGGUUCAACAGUGACGUUGUUAGCCUAUAUCUGUCCAUCUCUAUUCUACUUGAAACUGAAGUCAGUUCGUCAGGAAGAUAUAAUGAUUGUUAAUGGAAACAGUAAGGAAGAUGUCGCCCUUCAAGCGAAGGAAAAUCCUGGUCUUCCUCUAUGGGUGAAAGUGAUGAACAUCGAGAUAAUUCUGUUGGGGGCUGUGGCAGGUGUCGCCUCAACAUACUCUGCCAUUAAGUCCAUCAUUACCAGUGAUUUCUCCAAACCUUGCUACAUGCGAGAAUGAACGUAGCAUCAGUGCAUAGACAUCCACAGACAUUUUAGUACCUCACAUUUUUAUCAGGUGAUCAAAUCAGGGCAUACAAAGACAGAACAGAUGUACAAGGCUUACUACUGUGAUAUUAUACAAUGAAGAGAUUGUAGAUGUAUUACCGGUUCUUGUAAACAUUAAACUAUGAUUUUAUCAAAA